UGUGUGUGUGAGACUGUUUGUAGGUUAGUGAAAGAUUUCUGUGGCCAUAGAUAAGAGGAUUAUUGUGGAAUUAGUGUCAUUCCUCUAUCACCACGAGGAAUAGAUUCAUAUCGAUUUUAAUCAGCGAUAGAACCACAAAACCGCAGACAAAAGCUGACAGAUCGAGGAGGAGGACGGAACGGAUCGGAGCUGCUUCCACCUCCCUGCUUUUCCUUCUCGGAGGUCCACUCACAUCCCAGAGGAAGCGGGACCUUUGAAGUGGUCGCACUGCGAAGAGCUGGAGGUGGAGCAUGGAGCUUGAUGUGGUGGAGAUGCUGGAGUCGCAUCCGCUCCUUCAAAGCAAUCUGUGAGCGAUGAAGGUGGACGGGAUGAGCUGCCUGGCUCUGGCUGUGGCCAGCUUCGUUGCCAUGGCGACUGCCGGUCGCAGCACCAGCCGCAGGAAGCACAAGGAGGUCUUCCUCGGGGAGAACAGCAAGUUCAAGUUUGGCGGGCGCAUUGACUACAAGCUGAAGAGGCAGGACAGCACCAAAACACUGCUGAUCAAAAGUGAACAACUGCUGAGGAUCGAGGAGAGUGACUUCGCCAUGAGGCCGGGCUUUGGAGGUGCAGCCAUCCCCGUCGGCAUCGACGUGCAGGUGGAGAGCAUCGACAGCAUCUCCGAGGUCAACAUGGACUUCACCAUGACUCUGUACCUGCGGCACUACUGGAAGGACGAGCGGCUGUCCUUCCCGUCCCAGACCAACCAGAGCCGCACCUUCGACUCCCGGCUGGUGAAGAAGAUCUGGGUCCCCGACGUCUUCUUCGUCCACUCCAAGCGCUCCUUCAUCCACGACACCACCAUGGAGAACAUCAUGCUGAGGGUUUACCCCGACGGAAACAUCCUCUACAGCGUCAGAGUGACGGUGACGGCGCUCUGCUCCAUGGACUUCAGCAGCUUCCCUCUGGACACGCAGAACUGCUCGCUGGAGCUGGAGAGCUACGCGUACAACGAGAACGACCUGAUGCUGUACUGGAAGAACGGGAACGACUCCCUGAGGACGGAUGAGAUCGUCCUGUCUCAGUUCUUCAUCGAGCAUUUCCACGCCUCCAGCGGCCUGGCCUUCUACAGCAGCACAGGGUGGUAUAACCGCCUCUUCAUCAACUUCAUCCUGCGGAGGCACAUCUUCUUCUUCAUGCUGCAGACCUACUUUCCCACCAUGCUCAUGGUGGUCCUCUCCUGGGUCUCCUUCUGGAUCGACAGGAGGGCCGUUCCUGCACGAGUGUCUCUGGGAAUGACCACGGUGCUCACCAUGUCCACCAUCAUCACAGGAGUCUCGUCCUCCAUGCCUCAGGUGUCCUAUGUGAAGGCCGUGGACAUCUACCUGUGGACCAGCUUCCUGUUUGUCUUCCUCUCCGUGAUUGAAUACGCAGCCGUGAACUACUGCACCACUCUGGAGGAGAUGAGGAAGAUGAGGAGGGGGAAGAUUCCGUCCACCUUCGAUGCCAGCCAAGCCAUGGCCUUUGAUGGGUGUUUCCACGACAACGACAUUGAGCUCACAACUUUCACUCGGAUGGCGCCCACGCUGACCUCUGACCCUCUGACCACGCCCACGCAGAGCUCAGACCUCCGGCCCCCUGAGGGCACUCGUCUGCGGCGGCAGAGGUCUGUGCGAGAGAACGUGGACCUGCUGGUCAACAACAGCUACAUGAUCGACUCGUACUCGCGGCUGGCCUUCCCCCUGUCCUACCUGCUCUUUAACAUCAUCUACUGGAGCCUGUACUCCUGAUGCAGCGCCUCCUGCUGGUGGGGCAGAGAGGGGGCGCUGCACGUUCGAGUCUCGGAUCAAGCUGCUGAUGGGAGAUUAAAUGACCGCAGGUCCUCAAACAGACGUUUACGUUUUAAUACUUUUGUGCUUAACUGGGAUUUCACUCUCAUUUUUCAGCCAAAAACAAACAGAAACUGUUAUAAUGACUGAGACUUUGACAAACACUGUGAAAAAACAAAGGAUCACUCAUGUUUUUGAUCACACAGGAGAUCAAGACUCCAGCUUCAAUGUUUCAUUUGACUUAGAGACAAAAUGGUUUAAUAAACAGAGAAGUUGAA